CCACGUUCAAUUAGUCAAACAAAAUCAUCAGGACGUAAAUCUAAAUCCUCUUCAACUAUAAAACGAAAACAUGGCAAAGCAAAUGUAUAUAAUGGUGAACCAAAAUGGUAUUUAGAAACUUUAUCAUCAAUAAAUACAAAUAAUAAUAAUAAUAAUGAUAAUACAGCAAUAUCAAGUACAAUAUCAACUCCAAUUAUUGAUCGAUCAAGUCGAAGAUUAGUUUCAGAGAGUUCUGAUGAAUUAAGUUCAUCUUCAUCUUCUCUAUGUUCAACACCAAAUGAUCGUUCAUUAGGACGUGCAAUAUUUGAUAUAAAUACAAUGUUAAUGAGUAUUGGACUUGGCCGUCAUCUACCUGCUCAAAUUGAUGCAUCUUCAAUUCGAACAUUUCAACAACAACAGCCACCUGUUAUUUAUUCAACAAAUGAAACAGUAAAAACAAAAGAUCAUAAAAAAAUCAAUUCAACACCAAUAAUAAAUGAUACAAUUAAACAAACAAAUGAAUU